AGCUCCUUCUCUUCCCGUAACAACCUUGAGCAGCAGUGUUAUAUGAGAACUUUCUGUACACUGAUCAAGUUUUUUUAUUUUUUUAUUUAUAUAUUUGAUGUGGUUUCUGACACUGAUUGGUAAACUUAAACCAUGGGACUUCCCAGAGCAUCCCUGCUGUUUUAUAACAGCCCCUAACAGAGAGCUCAGACUCAGAUCUGCCUGCAGUGCAGCGUUCAUCAGCUCUGCUUUUGCUCUUAAAUUCCUGCAGAUAUCUGUCUGAAACCCACUGCUGCAGAAGAACUCAUCUGGAAACUUGUUAAGCAAGGGGUGAAAACAUUUCAAGUGUCAGCAAUGGCUCCUAGCUGCAGCUUGAUGCUGCUGAUGUUCCUCAGCUGCAUAUCGGGGAGCCUGGCCUGUCACUGCGACCGUUACCCCUGGACCUCCUGGUCCAUCUGCACCACAACCUGCAACUACGGCACUCAGUUUAGAAGCAGGAGGCCUCCUUCUGGUGAUGAUUCUUAUUAUUGGAAGAACAGCUGCCAACAGCUGUGUGCCAAAUUUGAAUCAAGGGCUUGUAACGAGCAGGCUUGUCCGAUUAACUGCGUGUUGUCGGAGUUUACCCAGUGGUCCGACUGCUCGCCCUGCGCCAGGAAGCAGUUUCGGACUCGGUCUGUUGUGAGACCUUCGCAGUUCGGUGGAUCGGAAUGCAGCGUGGAACUGACCGAGGAAAGGCCUUGCUAUCCUUCCAAAGAAUGCCAGUUACCGUCUGUGGACUGCAGAGAUGACUUCAAGUGUGACAACGGGCGAUGCAUUAACUCCACACUGACGUGCAACGAACAGAACGACUGUGGAGAUAACUCAGAUGAGAGGGAUUGCAAAACCUUUAAAGUUGUCUGUCCUGACAAGAGAGUGGCUCCCGGGGCUGAUCUGGUUGGAAAUGGAUUUGAUGCUCUGGCAGAAGAGCCAAGAGGAGUGGUGCUGGACAACAUGUUCAUGGGAGGAAGCUGCGUCAUCAAGCGGCCCCCAAGCACGCUUCUCUACCAUCGAGUUCCACACAACUUUAAAACCUUUGACAUUAAGGUUGGAGUGCUGGAAGACUUUAGCACUGAACCCCAGGAGGUGGUUUCUGAGUCCGUCGAGAUAAAGAGAACGAGGCAAAGUGAAACCGGGAGCCAUGAUCCACGUGGCUUUCUGUUUCUUCUCAUUGUUUUCCAUAGUUCUUCUGGUUCACGUCUUACUUCCAACAAGUUUGCAUUUGAGGCUUCAAAGAAAAAGGACUCCAAGUUUUUCCGAGUGCACCAAGUUCUACCGAUUUCUACAUUUACAGUAAAGGAGCCACAGGACCUCGUCCUUUCUCUGCCAUUUCAGCAGUUCCUACACGCUCUCCCCCUGGAUUACAACUACGCCCUCUACAGGGAAAUCUUCCAGCGCUUUGGCACACACUACUACAGCUCAGGAAAACUGGGAGGCCACUAUGACCUGCUGUACCAAUACAGCCGAGAGGAGCUCAAAAGUUCAGGUGAAAGUGAUGAGCGCAUUUCAGGCUGUCUGAGUCGUGAAACCGGCUGGACUGUAAUCCUGUACAGUGAAUCCAGCAGCGUGUCCAGAUGCACCAACAACAGGAUGACUGAGAAAUAUCAAGGCUCAUUCAUCCAGGCCUCAGAGAAAUCCUUCUCCAUGGUGAAAGGAGGUAGAGUUAGGGAGGCGGAAGCUCUUACCUGGGAAAGAGAGGGCUCUGCUCCAAACAAGACAUCUUACAAGAACUGGGCCAAGUCUGUGCUCGAAAACCCUGCUUUGGUGGAUUACAAGGUGCUUCCGCUCAUAGACCUCGUACGUGGAAUUCCCUGUGCUGUCACAAAAAGGAGGCACUUGAGGAGAGCUCUGUUACAAUACCUGGAGGAGUUUGAUACCUGCAAGUGCGCCCCGUGUCCCAAUAAUGCCAGGCCAGUUCUCUCUGGUACCGAGUGCAAGUGUGUUUGUCAGACAGGAACUUUUGGAACCAACUGUGAGAAACGAGCGUCUGAUUACACAUCAGAUGCAGUGGAUGGUUACUGGAGCUGCUGGGGGCCAUGGAGUAGCUGUGGAGCCUCUAUGAGGAGACAUCGAACUAGGAAAUGCGACAACCCUGCUCCCCUCAGUGGUGGCCAACCCUGUGAUGGUCCAAACAAACAGGAGGAACCGUGCCAUAUCUCUCUUUUUGAAAGACAAGAAUCCUGUGACAAUGACGAUGACUUCACAGUGGGAUGGAGGGAUGAGCUGCCCCCUGGGGUGCAGGGCUGUUUGAGGCCCCAGAGACCACCCAACAGUUUCCUCAGGAAAGCUAAACAGUAUUACUCCUUUGGCGAGGAUGAGGAGUUCCAGUGCUUCACCGGAUUUGAACUUGAGGGUUUCCAGUUCAUCAACUGUCGUCCUGAUGGAACCUGGAGUGAACCGACAGGGAGAUGCAUCAGGAGGCUCUGUGUUGCUCCUGAGGUCCCAGAGAACAUGGAGCUGUUUCCAGCCAUGGCAUCGUUCAGAGUGGGCGAACGAAUUGGUUUCAACUGUAAAGAGAAAGGCCUGAUGCCAAUGCCACGCGGCCUGUACAGGUGCAGCAGUAAAAUGACCUGGGAGCCCCCACUGCCUGAAGACCUCCGCUGCACUGAUGGUUGGCCUUUCUGCUUGGAAGGAAAAUGUUUAAAAAAAAUCAAAGUUUACAUCCCUGAUGUCUUUAGUUCACAGUCGGAGAGUGUGUGCAUCCUGAAUGUAAACCUGGAUGUAGCCGUGUCGAUGUCGCCCUGCUCCUUCCUCGCCGGCCGUUGCCACGGUGACCCACUCUUCUACAUCACUGAUGGCGUGUGCGACUCGGUUGAUCCUUCAAAACUGGAGUGGGCAAAGUUCAGAGCCAAGAUGUCUCUUAGGAGUUCUUUGCACGUUCCCUGCAACCUGGACACCUGCUUCGAUUGGGAGACCUGCUCCGCCACUAAAAAGUGCCAGUGUAAAGCUGCUCGAGACUGUCCCAGAACAUCGGACCACAUGUUCUGCGUGAAGCUGAAGUCCACAAAGUUGGUCCGCAGCAUGAGCCUCUGCGCCAUGGCAGCUAUCAGAUGUAUCGGACAUGAGUUUGAAAUCCUCAAUGAGGGUGUUUGUGAAAGCAGAUGAUGGCCCAACACCAGUUUUUAUUUACCUACAAGUGACCUUUCAUAUAAAAGGGAUAAAAAUACAUUUUAAUGUAGCUAGAUAUGAUAGUUUGUCUUGUGUUUCACUGUGAACCUUUGAUGGACUGGCGACCCGUCCUGGGUGGACCCCUCACCCAGAGAUCGGUCAAUAAAGAUAGUCCUGGCAGCAUUUCCAUUUGACUAACUACAUGUUAUUUUUACUUUCUUGUGCAUUAAAAGUUAAUAU